AAUGCAGAUUAGUGGAUGGAGAAAUGGUGGAGAUCGUCGAAAAUGGUUAUUUUAAAGUUUUACAAGGCACCUGGUUUAAAGACAGGUCAGUUGAAAAAUAAAUUACACAAAGUAUCGCAAAUUGAAGCCUCAGUGACCGAUCUUGAGACCGAACUGUGUUAUUACGUGGAAACACUUGAACCACUCCAGGAAGAUGAAGUCCGAAUAUUAAAAUGGAUCUUGUCACCUCCUUUUAAAGGAGAAUGUUUGCGAAGCGAUAGUACGUUCAAUGAUACUGAAGACCAUGCUAUUGUUAUUGAAAUUGGACCCAGACUGAAUUUCUCGACUGCAUUUUCUACUAAUGUAGUUUCUAUAUGUACAACUGUGAAUUUAAAUAAAAUAAUAAGAAUAGAAGUGGCGAUUAGAUAUCGCAUCAAGCAUAAAGGAAGGCUUAACAAAAAAAAAGAGAACGCUAUUGUAGAUGUGUUGGGAGAUAAAAUGACAGAAUGUAGAUACAUAAAACCCAUUGAAACAUUUGAUCACGGCUUUAGGCCGGAGAAAUGGUUUGAAGUAGAUAUAAUCAAAAAAGGUAGGAGAGCUUUGGAAGAAGUUAAUCUGAAAUUGGGUUUGGCAUUUGAUGAUUGGGAUUUAGAUUUUUAUACAGAAUUAUUUCUCCAAAAAUUAAAACGUAAUCCAACUAGUGUAGAAUGUUUUGAUCUUGCCCAAUCUAAUAGUGAACAUAGCCGCCACUGGUUCUUUAAAGGACGUAUCAUUUUGGAUGGCAAAGAAGAAAAACAAUCCUUAAUUGAUAUGAUUAUGGAUACGCAAAAUUACAGCAAUCCAAACAAUGUGAUUAAAUUCAGCGAUAAUAGUAGCGCAAUAGAAGGAUUUAAAAUUCCUAUAUUACGUCCUACGAAAACUCAUGAAUGCAGCGGCUUUCACUUGGAAGAUAUCAAACAACAUCUUAUUUUUACAGCAGAGACGCAUAACUUUCCAACUGGCGUAGCACCUUUCAGUGGUGCUACAACGGGUACCGGAGGUCGAUUGAGGGACAUCCAAGGAAUUGGUAGAGGUGGACAUUACAUAGCAGGCACUGCAGGUUAUAGUGUUGGGAACCUUUGUAUUCCAGGUAUACUAUAUUUGCAUCUUUAUUAA